GAGCCUGCGCGGACCCGGCGGGCCAUGGGCGGGCAGCGCUGAGCGCCAUGCAGGCUCCCGAACCCAUGCCCGGGUACGGGCAGCUGCUCCGGAGGGGCUACGGGAGCUUGGCCGGGGCCGUGCGGGGCUGCGGGGAUUGCGGGUGGGAAUUGGCCCGCAGGACCUGGACGGAAAACGCUCACCUGAGCUGGGGAGAGGUUCUGCUCUGCGGGUUCUGCGCCCUGGGUUGGACCUUGCUGCGCCGAGCAGCCGCCCGCAACCUCUUUCGGCCCUUUGGGGAAUGGUGCAACUUGCAGCCCAAAGAUGCUGCCAAGAUGCCAGAGAGUGCCUGGAAGCUGCUUUUCUACACAUUCUCCUGGUCUUAUGGCCUCUACCUGCUCUUCUUCACCGAUUACCCCUUCUUCUACGACCCCCCCUCUGUGUUUUAUGACUGGAAGAAGGGCAUGGAGGUACCCACAGACAUUGCCAUUGCUUACCUGCUGCAGUGCAGCUUCUAUGGCCACUCCAUCUAUGCCACUGCCUACAUGGACACCUGGCGCAAGGACUCGGUGGUGAUGCUGCUGCACCAUGUGGUGACCCUGACCCUCAUUGCCCUCUCCUACGCCUUCAGGUACCACAACGUGGGCAUCCUUGUCCUCUUCCUACACGAUGUCAAUGAUGUGCAGCUGGAAUUCACCAAGCUCAAUGUUUACUUCAAGCACCGGGGGGGAGUUUAUCACCGCCUCAACGAUGUCAUCUCCAACAUUGGCUGCCUCACCUUCAGCAUCAGCUGGUUCUGGUUCCGUCUCUACUGGUUCCCCCUCAAGGUUCUCUACACCACUUGUCACUCCAGCCUCCAGUCGGUCCCCAACAUCCCCUUCUACUUCUUCUUCAACGCUCUGCUCCUCAUCCUCACCCUGAUGAACAUCUACUGGUUCCUGUACAUCAUCCUCUUCGUGGGGAAGGUGCUGCUGGGGCAGGUGCAGGAGGUGAAUGAUGUGCGUGAGUACGACGUGGAGGAGAGCAGGAAACCCCCCCUGGGCAAGGAGAAAGAAGCUGAAGCCUUUCAAGUGCCCCCUGCUCUGAAAGAAGGGCUGCACCUGAAGAAUGGACUUGUCAAGGACAAGAGGUUGUGAGGACAGUGUGGCUGCAGCAGCCUGGGUGGCCUGGCUGGAUCUGGGGACUGACCCAGGACCUGAUGCUCAAACCCAGCAGAUGAAAGGCACAAGGAGAGAACUUGAUCCCUGAGAACCCCUUCAUCCCCUGCCUGGAGCUGGGGAAGUGAUGCCACUGACAGGAUGGGGCCCUCCUGGGGGGUUUUCCUCUGCCCAGCCUGAUGCUGAGGUGCUUUCUGUAGCCAGUCCAUGCUGGUUCAGUUGGGAAGUUGGUGGUUUUGCUGGUCCAGGUAGGAUUUGGAGCUGGCUUUAGGUCCCCUGGUGUUCCUCCUGUCCCUCCAUCCCUUGGUGUUCUCUGUCCCUUUGUGAUUUCCCAUCUCUUGGACCCUCCCAGCAGCCCUGAAGGGGCUCUGACCCAGCAUCAAACUGGGGAGGGGAGGGAAAUGUCCUCUCCUGCACUGGCAUCACUGGCCCAGGCAAGGGGAGCCCAAUUCCAGCUCUUGUUGAGCUGAGCAGAGGCUCAGGAGGUGAUGCUGUCCCCUCUGAGCCCCCUCCCCAGAGCUGCCCCCCUGUUCCUGGGAGCACAGCACAAUUCCUGGGAACAGGGCAGCCUGGAAACCCAACCCUGGAGGAUGAUUCCAGCUCCCUGUCCUGCCAGGGGAGGGCCAGGAGAUGUCAUUUGUGUCCAAAAGCCAAUGUAAAUCUGAUCAUUGCUUAAAAAAAA